AUGUCUGAGGUAAAAGGAACAAAAGCUCUCGAGUUAUGGUGCAAACGCCUCGUUAAAGAUUGUCCCAAUGUCCAAAUAGAAAACAUGACUACGUCCUGGAGGAAUGGGAUGGCAUUCUGUGCGCUCGUACAUCAUUUUCGUCCUGACCUGAUAGAUAUGUCUAAAUUACAGCCCGAUAAUGUAUAUGAGAAUAAUCAGCUAGCUUAUAGCAUAGCUGAAAAGCAUUUGGGUAUACCUGCACUGCUAGAUGCAGAAGAUAUGGUUGAAAAUGAUAUUCCGGAUAGAUUAUCUGUGUUAACUUAUCUAUCUCAAUUUUAUCAACGUCUUGGGCACAGUGUGAAUUCAAAGCUUGCCGAAAGCGAUACUAAAUCCUCUCCACUCUCAGAGCCAGCCACACAGAUCAAAUUUGGAAAAGUAGCUCUGGACAAAUGUGCCACUUGUGGACUUCCCGUAUAUUUAGCACAACGACUCAUUGUAUCCCAGAAACUGUAUCACAGACAAUGUUUCCGUUGUUCCAAAUGUUCCGGCCAUUUGAACCCAAAAAACUACCACGUUAUAAAUAGUAAUGACUUUCUUUGUGAUUCUUGUAAAAAUGAAAAGAAUAUUGUAUCUAAAUACCUUAACAAUAACGAUCAAAUGGGAAUGCUGGCAUUUAGCGAUACGUGUAGCACGAACCUUAAUAUGGUAAAGGAGGAGUUAACUUUUAAAAGGGACAAAACUAGGCCCAAUUCAAUUCUAGACAAAAUAAAUAUGUUUGAAAAUAAUAUAGAUAAAGAUAGCAGUAUUGAAAGUAAAAUAGGAAAUAUUAGUUUAUCAGAUAAUAUUAAUGAAGUUAAAUAUAAGGAUAUAAUAAGUGGUAAUAAUAUUGACACCAUAACUACCGGUGCCGUAAAAGACGAAGACUUAUCACGCCAUGAAAGCUUGAUGAUUGCAGUGGAUGGCGGCGAAAUAGAGAACGCAAUCCUGACAUUAGAAAGCGAUAAACCGGAAAAUAAUUAUAAAAGCUCUAUAGAAAAGUUUAACUUUUUACAAACGCAGUUAUCAGGAGAUUCAAAUAUUCACAGUGAUCCAAAUGACGCGCAAAAUGAAAUUAGUAGUAACGCAACAAAUGGUGAACAAAAGGAUACAUGUUCGAAUAUAAUAGCAUUAAGCAAUAUUACUGAUGACAGCAGAUUAGCGCAAACUGAUUUAAAAUUAGAUAGUAGCUUCUUAAUUGAGUCUAUAAAUGAAAAUUCGCAAGAUUUACAUACUAAUAAACGUAUCGAAGGCGACGUGAGAAUUAGCGUCCCUCCGAGGCGAAAGAAAUCGAGUGUUACUAAUAAAAAAGCUGACAACAAUCUAGGCAGCCCGCUCAUGAAACAAGAUAAGGCUUAUCCCGAUCAUUUGAACCCGUUCUCAGAGGAUGAAGAGGAAGAGGUUAAGACAGAAACGCGACAAAGAGUGAGCACCAAUCCCUUCGGAAGUAGCGACGAAGAAGAUGAGAUUGUCCCCCAUAUCGAGUCUACAGCACAAAAUCCAAAUUUACAUUCAUCCACACCCGUUCGGCGUCAUAUUACAGCAUACAACCCCUUCUGGUCUGACGGUGAAGAACCAUCUUCCGAUGAAGAGUAUGACAGUUUAAGUAGCAGCAUGCACAAAUCUACAUCGGCCAGCAAUCCGCACCUCCCCUCCGAUACUCCGCGGCGAAGAAAGCCUAAGGCGCCUCCGCCCCCGCUCAUCAGUGUGGCUGAGCAUUUGGAUGUACCGUCCACUUCGAUGGACGACGUGGCCAGCUUGUCUUCAGUUAGCUCUCACACCUCGACGGUGCAUUCUGAUCAGAAAUCGAUGGGUAAAGUGACGCCGAAGCCGAAGAAAAAGCGGCCGGCGCCCACGCCGCCCGACUGCCAGUCCGUGGCUUCGGGGUGCGGCGCCUCCCUCGACGCCGGGGACGCCUCUUUGCGCAGUCUGGCUUCCGAUGGUAGUCGUAGAAAAGGCCCGGCGCCCGGUCUACCUCUCCCGGAGCGGCGGGAGGUGAAGAUGCAGAUGACUCCUGAGGAGCUGCAGGUCCAGCUCGACUUACUAGAGACCCAACAGCUCGGUCUCGAGCGCCAGGGCGUGCUCAUCGAGCAGAUGAUUCGCGACAAGUGUGAGGGUGAUGAAGGUGCCACAGCGCCACAAGAAGAGAUAGAAGACUUAGUGAUACAACUUUGUGAACUUGUCAACGAAAAGAAUGAUUUGUUUAGGAAACAAACUGAACUAAUGUACACCCGACGGCAGCAGAGGUUGGAACAGGAGCAGGCAGACAUCGAACAUGAAAUUCGAAUCAUUCAGUCUCGUCCGGCCGUCAAUAGAAUAGACGCUGAUAAAGCUCGAGAAGAACAAUUCGUUUGCCGCCUGGUCGAGAUUGUGCGCAUGCGCGACGAGCUCGUCCAGCAGAUCGACGCCGAGCGCCGUCGCGAGCGGCAGGAGGACCUCGCCAUAGCUACCUCCAUCGCUACCAAGAGAGCACAAAGGAACAGCGACUCGAAAUCAAUCGACAGAAGUUACUCCCAUUAA